CUUUUCUUCAUCUCUUUUCUUUCAAUCUUAAUCUAUUUAUGACCUCCUCUCUACAUCUGGGGUGUCUUUUUCUAUGAAGUUGGAAACUUUGAAUAAUAAUUGUUAAAAUUCCAAUGUUUCAGAGUCUGGGUGCAGUUCAAUUCCCUUGAGGCAAGGGUUGGUGGCGGAAAGGAAUGAGCUUUUUUAAUUUGAAUCACGCAUCUAAGAUUUCGCAAUCUUCUUCGAGGGAGAAACUGAAUUAAGGGUAUUUUGCUUAAGGGAUUAAGAUGCUAUCUGGCAUUCUCUCAAGGCUGAAUGCUACCGUUUACCAUCGCUUUCGGGAAGCAAUAACACAGCAACAAGGAGUACCAACAUCGUUGUACAGGAAUAAUCUAUCUCUGUGUCUUUCUUCAAUGUAUUCAACUUCCUUUUUGCCCGGUUCCACUCAUUGCUUUUCAAGCCACAGACUUAUUAGAAAAUCAAUGGCUACUUCACCUUUUAAUGCUGUGUUGGGAGAUGUUUAUGUUGAUGACUUUAUCUCAAGUUGUGGCAGUGUGCUAGGCUUCACAAAACCUUCUGGUGUGUACUUCAAAGAUAGAACUCAUAAAGGUUGCCUGGGAGCUAGUGUGAAUCUAAGAAGACCACAACCUUUGUAUGGUCCUCUGAGUUUUGGAUGUUCCUCUUUUCAUGGACCAUGGCUGAAGAAUUUCUCUACCCCUUCUUCUGCUUGUUGUUCAGCUGGGGCUGCGCAUGAUGUCUCAUUUGAUGGCUGCACUCCUGAUAAGCAGCUUGCAAAUUCCUCCGUUUCGCAUGACCAAUCUACUGUUGGUGGCAAGACCUUGAAGAUGUUCUCAGGAUCAUGUUACCUGCCGCAUCCAGAUAAAGAGGAGACAGGAGGAGAGGAUGCUCAUUUUAUUUGCACAGAAGAACAAGCAAUUGGUGUUGCAGAUGGUGUAGGUGGCUGGGCAGAUGUCGGUGUAAAUGCAGGACUAUUUGCCCAAGAACUUAUAUCCCAUUCAGUGAAUGCAAUUCAAGAGGAGCCUAAAGGUUCUUUCAAUCCAGCAAGGGUGUUAGAGAAGGCUCACUCAAGUACAAAAGCCAAGGGUUCAUCAACAGCUUGUAUCAUUGCCCUUACUGAUAAGGGACUACAUGCUGUUAAUUUGGGUGACAGUGGAUUCAUUGUGGUUAGAGAUGGAUCCACCAUUUUCAGGUCCCCUGUUCAACAGCAUGAAUUCAAUUUCACAUAUCAAUUAGAGUGUGGCACUGGAGGUGAUCUACCCAGCUCUGGUGAGGUUUUCACAAUAGCUGUUGCCUCAGGAGAUGUUGUCGUUGCUGGAACAGAUGGCUUAUUUGACAACUUGUACAAUAAUGAGAUCAUUGCAGUUGUUGUACAAGCAGUUAGAGCUCGACUAGAACCCCAAGUAACUGCUCAGAAGAUAGCAGCACUGGCUCGUCAACGAGCACUGGACAAGAAUAGGCAGACACCAUUUUCUACUGCUGCUCAGGAUGCUGGAUUCCGUUAUCAUGGUGGCAAACUUGAUGACAUAACAGUUGUUGUGUCAUUCAUAACCAGCUCAAUUAGUGAGUGAAUUUUUCGCCAUUUUCACUUUGACUCAUUUUUUAUAUUCAUAUUUGUUCUACAAUGGUUGUGCAGCUAGGCCUGCAUAUUCUUUUUUGACCUGAAUGUACUCAACUGUUCUAAUACUGCUCUCAAACUUGA